AUGAAUCGUAUGGCAGCUCAUCGUCCUGGUCACCUGGCAGGCAGGACAGAUGGCUCCCGUACUCUCACAAUACACGACGUCCCUACACCGGAAGGCGGAGAUGGUGUUGGAGGAAGCCAGGGCGGAGCAGGACCCUCGAGCAUCCCUGAUGGCGUACUCAGACUGAGGGGAGCUGGGGACCCUACUAGUCGCAGGGUGGUCUGGAGUGAUGAUACAGUCGACAAUGAACAUAUGGGUAAGAAGAGUAGUAAGAUCUGCUGUAUCUACCACAAGCCAAGAGCUUUCGACGAGUCUUCUUCAUCAGGUUCCUCAUCUGGCUCAGACUCAGAAUCGGAUUCAGACUCGGAUUCUGCCUCGGACUCCUCACCCCCAAGCGACGCAGAGGGGGUCUCGUCCUCCUCUGACGGACCCAGCAUGAGCAGUAGGAUGAGGGAGAAGGUUGCAGCGAGGAAGAGGGAUAAGAAGGGCAAGGGAAGGUCAACAGGUAGCGCUGCAGAUCACCAUCAUGAUCAUGAGGAAGGCCAGGGCUGCGAGCAUCAUACACACAGCAAGAAAGGCGGCGCAAAGGCAAAGAAGAGCUCCUCGGCUCGGAAGGCCAAGACUGGACACAGGUCGGGACGAACCAUGGUCAUCACUGAAACGGAGCAAGGGCAACACCCAGCCGGUACAGGGGACAUUGGGUCAGACAAGGAUGGCCAAGGCGGCCAAUUCGACGCCGACAGGCUCGCAAAGAAUGCGUACGAGAGAGGACCAACGUAG